UUAUGUGAUUCGUGAUGUACUUGUAUGUACAAUUUUGUAUUCUUGAAGAGCAACUUUUAUCAAGUACCAAAUAAAAAUGUGAACAAGAAUAGGCUAAAAAAUAACAUUAAUAUCCUUACUUAGGAUACAUAAUUGUAAAUUAUUAAGGAAAACACAUGGAAUGUUUAGGAAAAUGGCCAAUGAUAAAUCUUAUAAGAAACCUAACAAAUAUAUAUUAACACCGGUAAGAUUUGUUCCCUUAACUCAAGAUCUUAUAUUAACAAAAAUGAAAAACGGACCCAACUUAUGUCUAUCAUGUGACCGACCAACACAUCCUCAGUUGACCUGUCUUUGGUCUAACCCUGUCUUCCUCCACAAAGCUAAUAGAAAUAAUUAUGAAUAUUAUUCUAUUCCAUAUGUCAGUAUAUUAUUGGAUCUUGUGGAGCAACUUGACAACAUAUAAAAGCACAAGGCAUCAGCACAAUACUAUCAUUCCAACAAUAGAAGUGCUUGAGAGGAGAAAAGUAACAAAACUUCAUAUAGCCAAAGGCAAACAAAAAAAAAGAAGAGAAAGAAAUAAAUGGCAAAGGAAGGUCUAGGACUUGAGAUCACAGAGCUUCGAUUGGGUCUUCCAGGAGAUAAUUAUAGCGAAAUCUCAAUUUGGGGAUCGAAGAAUAAGAAGAGGGUGCUCUCGGAUAUGAUGACAUCGUCAUCGUUAAAUACUGAGAAUGAAAACGGCGUCGUUUCAUCGGCUGAGGAUGAAUCUUUACCGGUGGUGAAGAGUCAGGCGGUGGGGUGGCCACCUGUGUGUUCUUAUAGGAGACAGAAGAACAAUGAGGAAGCAUCGAAAGCGAUAGGGUACGUGAAAGUGAGCAUGGAUGGUGUGCCAUACUUGAGGAAGAUUGACCUUGGUUCGAGCAACGGUUAUAAUAAUCUAGCCACGGUUCUUGAGAAUCUCUUCGGCUGUCUUGGCCUAGGAGUAGCGAAGGAGGGUAAGAAAUGCGAAUACAUUAUUAUAUACGAAGACAAGGAUAGAGACUGGAUGCUCGUUGGAGAUGUACCUUGGCAGAUGUUCAAAGAAUCAUGCAAGAGGCUUAGGAUCGUGAAGAGAUCAGAUGCGACUGGUUUUGGCCUGCAGCGAGAUUAAUUAUACUAGUGAUAUAUAUGAUCAUCUUAGUUAACCACAAACUUUGAAACCGUUGAGUAAAAUAUUUUUUAUCAUAGUAAUUUUUCAAAUUGUAAAAUUUCAUGACAGUGGAUAAUAUAAUACGUUUUCUUCGAAAUUAUAUGUUUUUAUGGCUAGUCGGUUAAUGGCUACCAAAGGUGUUUCUUAGCCUCACACAUACUUUGCCUUACUUACCUAGUUAUUAUUGUAACUUUAUAAAUCCUCCGGUAAAUCAUCUUUUUAUCACCGAUCCAAAAAUAGUAGAAACGUAUGAAUCUUCAUAGAUUAACGGCGCUAAAAUAGUGGAAACCUAAUGAAUCUUCCCGGCUAAUUUAAGAAAGAAUGAAAAAUGUUAAAUAUUUGUUUUUUUUUUAAUCACAAAGAGCGAAAUCAAAGCCUUGGCUUAUUCCUAUAUCAUAUCAUAUGUAGUUUCGGGUGAAGAUUCUAACCACUUUGUCGGUCCAAAUAAAUGUUGCCAUAUCUUCGUAUUAAAUGAUCAUAUCAAUUGCAGGUAGCAGAUUUGAAGUUUAUAUAUAUAUACUACAUCCAGUUAAUCCCCCAACCCCUAAAGUUAUCAAGACACUCACACAAAAAAAUGAAGGCACCGUCACAACAAGACAUGACUUACUAUGGCAAUGUCAAGAAACAGCAAGACGAACAAGGCUGCUUAUACGCAACGUUUUACGGGUUGUUCUGUUGCUGUUGCUGCUACGAGAAGUGCAAGUGUUGUUGUUGCGUUUGAUUUCUAUGUAUCAUCAUCUCAAAAUUAUUCUCAUUAUGUGUCCCUCGCAUCGCAUUUGCUCUUUUAGAUCUUGCGAAUAAAAUGUAUAUUUGUGCUCAAGAACUCAAAAGUCUCGUGAUAAGAUUGAAUAUUAAUGAA